UAGCUGCUGGCAAAAUCGUAUUGAACGGAAACGGAAAAACGGUUCGCGGAUUUUUUUAAUUUUUUCAAAGUAGAACGAAAGCAAACACGGCAAUUAUUUUUUAAUAAACUCAAUUUUUGUGCGAUUAAGUUGCAACAAUAUUGUUUGUAAAACAAUUCUAACGAAAAAUGUAAAAGCAUCUGGAUAUAAAGAACCUAAUUUGACUGUUGCUCGCAACAACAAUACCAACAUACCGUGGAUAAUAAAUACUGUAAACAACGGAUCGACGACCACACGAAAACGAUAGCAAUAGCAAUAAAAGUAAUAAUAACAACAACAAAACAGUGAAAUAAAGAAAUAAAACAAGAUAAAGUCGUCAAGCAAAACAAAAAGCAACAAAUUUCAGACGCAAGUUAAAUAAAACCGCAACAUUUUCGGAAAAUUAAUCUACAAGUUCUAUAAAUAACAAAAUUUCAUGAAUCCCACAAAAUUUCAAGGCAUAUAGUGAAAUAGCGUGAGAGAGCAACCAAAGAAGAAGAGUGAGAGAGCACAAGCAAGUAUAUUGAAUGAGUGUUAAGUGCAUUUAAGCAAAAAAAAAAAAGAAUAUAAAAUUAAGAAAAACAACAAGAAAACCACGGCAGGCAGAAAAAGAAGAAGCAGCAGCAAAAGCCAUCCAUCCAUCCGUCUCUCGCGACCACAAAACACAAUUUCAUUAAAAUUCUUUCUGUUCUUUUUGUGUUAGAUCCUACAAUUCCUAUUCAUUUUUUUGUUGGUUUACUAUCUCUUUGUUCAACCGUAUAUGUGCAAUAUCUAAAAAUCAAAAGUUUAAAACAGGAAAAAUCAAAUACCUAGUUUGCUUGCUUGGAGAAGUAAAUCGAAAUCCAGAAUCAUCAAUAAGAAGUAGCAAAGAUUCUUCUGUUAAAACGCGUUUCGUUCUUCCCAGUGUAAAAUAUCAUUCGAGAGCAAAAAAUUUAGAAAUCCUGAAAAAUUGUGUUGAGUUUUUUUUUAUUUGUCCGGCAACAGAUACCUAUAUAAGAGAAAUUGUUUAUAUACGCCUAUGUUGUCCAACUUGCAGCAGGUCAUCACUAUUUUUUUGAAAUCUAAUUUCAAAUCUCGUCAGUUUAACGUUUUCUUCUUCGAACAAAAAUUUUAAGUUUUGUAUUUUGUUUAUUUUUGUGUUAAAUACAUUUUAUGCUUAAAUGGAUGCAACAUCUAUAAUCACCCAAGUCGCCCGCGAUGACGAACAACUGAAUGUAUAUCCAAAUGAAAAAGAUGAUGUGGAACGCUUAAAGCCACAAAAACGCGGUUUCUUUCAAUCGAUUUUAUGUUGUUGGCGACGUAAUCGUACAAAAACGAAUCAAAAUGGUACACCUAUUGAUGGCUCCACAACACCGCCACCGUUACAGGACCAACAAAGGUACCUACUACCUCAGGUUAGGCACUCGGAUAUGCACAAAAAAUGUAUGGUUAUCGAUUUGGAUGAGACAUUAGUGCACAGUAGUUUUAAGCCUAUUCCAAAUGCUGAUUUUAUUGUCCCAGUUGAAAUUGAUGGUACCAUCCAUCAAGUGUAUGUUCUAAAACGGCCCUAUGUUGAUGAAUUCCUACGAAAAAUGGGUGAACUAUAUGAAUGUGUAUUAUUUACAGCAUCACUAGCCAAAUAUGCAGAUCCAGUUGCCGAUCUGUUAGAUAAAUGGAAUGUUUUUCGUGCAAGACUGUUUAGGGAAUCAUGCGUUUAUUACAGGGGUAAUUAUAUUAAGGAUCUAAAUCGCCUGGGACGUGAUUUGCAGAAAAUUGUUAUUGUUGAUAAUUCACCGGCUAGUUAUAUAUUUCACCCAGACAAUGCGGUUCCUGUUAAAUCAUGGUUUGACGAUGUCACCGAUUGUGAGCUUUUGGAACUUAUACCACUAUUUGAGAAACUGAGCAAAGUGGAUUCUGUAUAUAGUGUUUUGUGCAAUUCAAAUAAUCCCUUGAACAAUCACAAUCAACAACAGCAGACGCAACAACAACAGCAACCGCAGCAACAACAACAACAACAACAGCAGCAGCAGCAGCAACAUUCAAUACAAAAUCAGCAAACAACGCCACAGCAUCAGCUACAACAGCAACAACAGACCAUUACAGCAACUACAAUCAUAACGCAAGCUUCGACACUGUCGACACCAACAAUACUGACGUCACAGCAACAGCAACAACACCAACAAAAAGGAAGUCCGCCCAAUCUUAGUGAUUUAAAUAAUAAAACGUAACAUCAGUGGGAAUUAAUGUUUAUAAAUAUUUAAUUAUUAUUAUUUUUUUUUUUUGAAUACAUAAUA